AUAAAAACCCUGUCUGAGUUUGUGGUGUUUUAAAAAAUAUAUUUUUAUUUUGUUAGAAUUUUUGUCUAAAAUGGGUAAUGGUACAGGUGACUCUACAGGUGACUCUACAGAUGACGUUACAGUUGAUGUUACAGGUGACACUACAAAAGAUAUUGGCAAUAUACUAACUCCACGUAAAAAACUAAGUGAGAAACGCAGUGAAGUUCUGCAAUGGUUGAAGGAGAAUGAUAUUACUUUUAAGGACAUGAGACGAGAAUUCUCUAAUGCAGUACUUAUGGCCAAACUACUAAAACGCUGUUAUCCAACCCUUGUCGAUCUCCAUAACUAUCCGAAGACAAACUGCUUCAAUCUAAAGCUACAUAAUUGGCGCACAUUAAAUGUAAAAGUUUUAGUCAAAAUCUCUGUGCGUCUUAGCCAAAAACAAAUGGAAAUGUUAGCAAAAGCAGUACCCGGAAAAAUAGAAGCCCUUCUUUAUUGUGUCAUGAUGUUAGAGAAAGGGAAAGUGGAACGUAUGAAGGAGUUGAACUUUGCUUACGGAGAGAAGUCACAUUACAAAGAUGAAGAGUGCGUUUUAGUAACUCCCAAUGUAGAAACUAAUGAUGGGAAAAAGAAACUUCAUCCAAAAAGGAUAUCUUAUACUACCUUCUUAGAGACUGCUAGCUCAGUUAAUACCAUGAAGAAACAGUUGGAAGAAGCUGAGAAAAAAAUAGAAUUAUUGGAGCACUUUGUAAAAGAAAAGAAUGAAUUAAUUGAGUUUCUUUGCACAGAAAUCUCCACAGUAAUUGAUUUUGUUCCAAAUUCUCAUGUUGAUAAGUGACGAUCUAGUGACAGAUCCACUUUAUCUUUUUCUAUAACUUAAUUGAAGAAAAUAUGAGU